AUGAGUACAGCGCCUCUUGGGUACAGGCCUUCUUCUGAUGCCUUCAACCGGCCAAAUACAGAAGAUAGCCCGGGAGAAAAACGCCAGAACAAUGCGACAACAGGUGCAUCGGCUGCCGGUAUGCGGGCUCUCACGGCGCGUAUGUUCGCCUUCUAUUUCAGAGUGCCUGUAAAAGCAUUCUUUCGAACAAGAAUUGACUAUCUUGCAUUUCCCAGGGCUAUCAACCCUUUAUUACAAUCCACCGGCAAAUGGUCCUGGGCUGGAACUACUCCUGGAAUACUAGCCUAUGCGAUCCGGACUCAUGGAUGGUCCUUCAUUCCUAACCAAGUUCUACCCCCAUUACUGGCGAACGUAACUGUUGGUGCUGUUCUAUACACCUCAUAUCUUGGAGCGCUAGGCCUCUACUACGAGCCGGCGUCUCAUUCUUCUAAACGCAUUUAUCCGCCGGCACCGUUCUCUUUGACAUUUGCUGCCGGCUUCUCGGCGGGCGCUUUUCAAAGUGUAAUUGCUGCCCCGCUAGAUGCUCUAACCAUUCGAUUCAAGACUACCGAUCUUACCCAAGGGACGUACAAGAACAUGUGGGAUUAUGCUUCGAGGAAGCUUCAGGCCAUUGGUGCCCGUGGCGCCUUUGCAGGAUGGGGGUUGUCGUUCGUUAAGGACGCGUUUGGAUACGGAUUGUUCUUUGGGACUUUCGAAUACGUCAAGUCUCAAUUGUUUUACGAAUACGUGAGCCAUUGGUAUUCACGUUAUGGUCUUCUAUCCAUGUUCCACAAGCAUCAGAUCGACCUGCAAAGAAUCACUGAUCAAGAAGAUCGGCCGGUGAUCAAGCCGCACUAUCUGAUGGAACCUUCAUUCAUACUCCUUGCGGGUGCCACAGCAAGCGUGUUGCAACAAGUCGUUGCCCACCCCCUUACACGGAUACAAGAAUUGCACUUCCAGCGACUAGCAACAUUGGAUGAAUUGCUACAAACUAGACCGGGACGACUAGAUACCAUGCAGCUAUAUGCACGGGCAUACCAGAAAACAUGGAUCCAGGCCGGCAAGCGUGCGACAAAAUCCGGAGGCUGGCUGAGAUGGCUGUACCAAGACUUUUGGAUGACAACUCUACGCCAGGUACCGUCGACCAGCGCUGGUCUCAUCAUGUUUGAGAUCUUCCGCCGCAAGUACGGCAUGGGAGAAGAUGCCGUCAAAAUUCCCAAGGACGAGUACGACAUCUUAUUGCCUUGA